AUGGCGGCGCCCGUACAGGCACAUGUAGAUGAGGAGGAAGCAGGACAUGAGCCGAGGCUUCGAGACACCCCCGAAGACAUUUCCCUUGAGGCAGCAGCAAACACCAUUGCCUUUCACCCUAGCCAGGAUAUCAUAGCUGCUGGAGAUGUGGAUGGUGAUGUCUAUGCGUAUUCAUUUUCCUGUCUGGAAGGUGGGAACAAAGAGCUUUGGUCCUCAGGGCAUCAUCUGAAAUCCUGCCGGGAAGUGUCCUUUUCUCAUGAUGGACACAAGCUCUUCACAGUAUCCAAGGAUAAAUGCAUUCAUAUCCUGAAUGUGGAGGAGGGCCGUCUGGUUACACGCUUUUCCAAGGCGCACAACUCCGCCUUGAAUAGCCUGCUGGUGAUAGAUGAGCAUUUGUUUGCCACGGGAGAUGACAGUGGGGAAUUGAAAGUGUGGGACUUGCGCAAGGGGACCUCCGUCAUGGAGAUGAAGCGGCAUGAAGAGUACAUCAGCGACAUGGCUCUAGAUGGGAACAAGAAGCUGCUGCUGACCGCCAGUGGUGAUGGGACCAUGGGAGUCUUCAACAUCCGAAGGCGGCGCUUUGAGCUGCUCUCUGAACCUCAGAACGGAGACCUGACAGCCGUCGCUCUGGUGAAGAGAGGAAAGAAAGUGGUCUGCGGCUCCAGCGAGGGAACCAUUUACCUCUUCAACUGGGGUGGUUUCGGUGCUACCAGUGACCGUUUUGCCUUGAAGGUGGAGUCCAUCGAUUGCCUGGUCCCUGUCACAGACAGCAUCGUGUGUACAGGCUCCACUGACGGCGUCAUCAGGGCCGUGAACAUCCUACCCAAUCGGGUGAUAGGCAGCGUCGGGCAGCACAUAGGGGAACCCAUUGAGCAGCUGGCCAAGUGUCCCACCAGCCCCUUCUUGGCCAGCUGCGGCCACGACCAGAAGGUCAAGUUCUGGGACAUUUCUUCCCUCAGUUCAGUGGUUGUGGAUGACUACAGGAAAAAGAAGAAAAGCGGUCAGCUGAAAUCCUUGAGCAGCAAAGCCAUCGGUACUGGGGAAGAUUUCUUUGCGGGUUUGAGAGAAGAGGUGGCAGGCCCGGAGAAGGAAGACGACCACAGUAGUGACACCGAUAGUGACUGA